CUUUCCAAUCAAAAUUCAAAUCGCGGGAACGAAUUCGCAGACGAAUUUAGGGUUUGAUGGUACGCUUACGAUCUUCAUGCCACGAUCUCAAGCCUCCGAUUCCCAACCAGGAAAUGAGUGAAACCAAGGAGAAAGGCGGUGGUGGUGGAGAAGAGAUAGCAGUUAAAGCUUCGGAUAGUGUUAGAAAAGCCAGUGAUACUGAGCAGGAAGAUUCUUUUCAUUCUGUGGAAGAAUCUGUACCUGAAAAGAUGGAUAUUGAGAUGGUAGCAGCUGAGGAAGAUGAUGUAGUGGAAUCUAGUGAAACUGCGAAACCUACUAUCAAUGGAGAGGCUUUACCUGGAAAGAUGGGAAUUGAGAUGGUUGCAGUUGAUGAAGGUAAUGUAGAACCUGCUCGUCCCUCGGUCAAAGAAAAUGGCAAUGGCGGAGGGUUAGUUAAGGAGGGUGGUGAUACUUUGAAUGAUAGUGAGAUUCGUCAAGUGUUUGACAAGCCAGGUGUUGAGACCGCUACAUAUGUAAAGAGUGAUGCGGGGGAGUUGGCUCAAAGUAGUGAUCAUGGCUGUGAGGAGAAGGCUGGACCGAGUAGUGGCGCUGCUGGAGAUACUUUAGUUGUGAGAGAUGAUGAACCAGCUGCACCUUGUGCUGGAUUUUCUGAUGUAAAAGCUGAAGAUAAGAAUGGGAAAAAGUUAAAGGAUGAGGUGAAUGGAAAAGAAGUUACUACACCAAUGAAUAAGGGAAAGUCAAACUCAAAGUACAUGUUUCUUUCUGAUGACAGUCACACGUAUGAAGGUAGUGACUCAGGGACAGAAGAGGAACAAUUGGAUUUCAUGAAGGCGAUUGAAAAUUUCUUUAAGGAAAGGAGCAUGGAAUUUAAACCUCCUAAGUUCUAUGGAGACAAUGUGAAUUGUCUUAAGCUGUAUAGAAUUGUGAUGAGACUGGGAGGCUAUGAUACGGUGACCUCAUCUAAGUUGUGGAAACAAGUGGGAGCAUCCUUUAAACCUCCAAGGACAUGCACUACGAUUUCAUAUUCAUUUAGAGGUUUCUAUGAGAAGGCACUCCUUGAUUAUGAAAAGCAUGAAACACAUGGAGGUGAGCUCAGUAUACCAAUUCCUUCCCAGCCAAAGCCAAAGCCUAUGAAUAUUGAUAAUCAGGCUAUGAAAGUCAAUAUUCCGGCUCCAGGUUCAGGUCGAACAAGAAGGGAUGCUGCAGCACGUGCCAUGCAAGGUUGGCACUCUCAACGUCUCCUUGGAAAUGGUGAAGUCAGUGAACCUAUCAUAAAGGACAAAAAUACAUCUGCUAUGCAAAAGCAAGAAAAGCAGCUUAAAACCAGUGGUUCACAUAAAAGAAAGAAGCCACCCAAUGGAGAUCUUGUCAUAAAAGCUUCACGCAGUAAACCAACAAACUUACAAUUGGACGUAGAAGUUUCUGAUCUUGGACCUCCAGCAGAUUGGGUGAAGGUCAAUGUGCGGAAGACAAAAGAUUGUUUUGAGGUCUAUGCUUUAGUACCAGGACUUCUACGAGAGGAGGUGCGUGUUCAGACCGAUCCAGUAGGGCGACUGGUUAUAAGUGGUGAACCUGAGCAUCCUGAUAAUCCAUGGGGUGUCACACCUUUCAAAAAGGCUGUCGCCUUACCAUCCCGAAUCGAUCCUCACCAUACAUCAGCCGUGGUCACCCUGCAUGGGCAGUUGUUUGUUCGUAUCCCGUUUGAGCAGUUGGUAUCCUAACAUUUUAGGAUGUGUAUUCUCAUACAAUCAUGCUAUAAAUCAACCCAACUUUUGUGUAGAAAACAGGCUCCUCAUAUCAAGUAGGCCUUGGCAGUUUAGUUAGUACCAUUUGCUCUGAUUGAUGUCUGAAACUUGGUGUGAACUUAGAUUAGUACAGGAGUUAGUCUAACCAUUUAUGUACUUAAUAUUACCAACAUUGGUUUAGUGAUUAUUAGCCAGGAACCUUUUUAUUUAUUCAUUUCCUGGUACAUUGUGGUUGAGAUUGUAGCCAUGAAGUUUCAUCAUACUAUUUGA